AUGAACGAUAACAACUGGCAACAAUGGUGGGAAAAAACAUACCAGCAUCAACAGCCUCAGCACAUAUUCGAUCCCAAUGGUCUGCAUUUAUCGAUGUUAGAACAGAAUCCAUUGCAUCAAUCUUUUGGUGAUAUUGAUGAUUACGACAGCACGGUAGUAGGCAAUUACACAUUAUCCAAUCCGUAUGAUAUAGGCGAUAGUAGUGACAACGUCAUACCAUCCUUGACAUUAUUGUUUAUGGCGAUUUCAUAUGGAUUAGUCGUCUUUGGGGGUGUGUUGGGCAAUGCCACAUUGGUGCUCACAUUAUGCUCUGCGUCUUCGGUACGUUUACGAAAUCCACUGCUACUGGCUGUUUGCAUAGCUGAUUUGCUUGUAACUGGAAUAUCAGCCCCAGUGACGCUGCUGAAUUUAGCAAUGAACCGGAAGACAAAAUCUUUGCCUUUGAUUAUAUGCAAAGUAAUACAUUACAUACAGAUUAUGCCUGUUGCCGCUAGCACAAUUUCCUUUUUCAUGCUGUCAUUAGACCGUUAUGCCACCGUUAAACACCCACGUUUAGCUCAAUUACGUCAGCGUCGAUACUUGCACGUUUCGCUGGCUUUGCUGUCCUGGAUAGCCUCUGCGGCUGUCAGCACCCCAUUCCUCUUCGCGUAUAAAAUUAUAGCUAAGACAGUGAGGCACACAAAUCACAACAACCACAGUACAGAUGGGGCAUCACAAAUGCAUCAACCUAAUGUCAGUAUCAGUUGCACAUCUGAGUUGGGUGCCAACGCAGUAUUUGUUUCGUUUAUUAUAUUCCAUACGAUUGCCGUAUUUAUCAUACCAGGAUUUGGUGUAUUGCUUAAUCACUGCGGGGUCAGGAGGAAAUUAUGUGCACUUUCGUUGACCGCGCGUGCCGCUCACGGCGAACUACCGUUACCAAUGCCAAUUUUACGUCGUCAAACGCAUAUGGUUAUCGUGACUGGCAUUGCCAAUGCUCAACAGGCCGCUGGUUGUGGUACAACUGAUGAUACUUCAAAUGGCGGUGACAUACAAUUGCACAAUCUAAAUCCGACAAGAGCUGCAACAGCCACUACUGCGAUGCCAAACCGAAAUGUUAUAAAAUCAUCCAAUCCCAUUUCCCCGAGAGCAAUGCGUGAAAUACGUGCUCAUUCUCAACGGCAACGUAUAAACCACAAUCAAGGUGUACGUGGUCCAGCCACACCUGGUAUACCUCUACCUCAAACAUCUACCCUACGUUCAAGACGUCGUCUAGCAAAUAUGUUGAUCGCAUCUGCUGUUAUAUUCAUAGCUUGUUGGGCGCCACAUGUUUUCUGUGUGUUUUACAAAAACUUUGGAUAUAGACAAUAUUGCACUACAACUUCAACUUACUUCAAUUUAUUGCUUGGUUACAUGUACUCAGCUAUAAGUCCAGUUAUUUAUUGGGCUCUCAACCAUAAUACCCUAAGACAAUCGCCUUGUGCGCCAAUAAUACGCCUUCGAUCAAUGCAAAAUUUCUUGCGUACGCGUUUUCGUUCACAUACCGUACCACCACCGCCGUCAUCCACAAAUGAGGCCGCAUUGGGUGCUUUUAACCCAAAACUAAUUAAAUUAACGCCUAAACAAUACAGAGCUCAGGCUUCUUCUCACUAUCUUUAUUAA